AUGGAUAAAGCGCCUACAGAUAGCCAUGCUCUUGCUCAAGAAAGUGUUGCCAAUAUAGACCCCCAACUCAAAGAUGGAGACCGCUACAUUGAACACAAUACUCUCCAAGCCGCAACUUCUGGUUGGAAUAGCGAAACCGCUACCCCCAUACAAUUAUAUGCCGGUAUUCGAAACGGAGACUUUUGGACUUUGAUAAGGCGUUUUAACAAGCAAAUCUUCCAUGUUAAGAGAAUAGACAAGCAGCCGCUGUCAAAUCUUGAUAUGAAUAUCGCAGCUGGUGAAGACAUCACAGCAGAGAAGGUGCAAGCACAUGCUGAGCGAUUCUAUAUGACUGUCGUUGUAAGCUUAGUUGCGCUCUAUAAGCAUAUGGCUCUCCUGCGAGCGUGGCGAGACAACAGAACGUUUUAUUUUUUUGGCACCUAUUCAAUCGCCUGGCUUGUUGAUCUGCUUGCACCUACCUUGAUUCUUUUUCUCAUAGUGUUAAUCGUCUGUCCACCUGCCAGAGACAUUUGCUUUCCACCAGCACCGGCAUCGCUUAUUAGUUCUCGCACUGGAGCUGUAAAAAAACCAAUUGCAGGGGUACUGGCUUCUGAAUCUGUUACGGGAGCUCCAGAAGAAAAUAGUGGCGAAGCGAUUGAACAAGAGGCCCAUAGCUUCAUCUACAGCAUUAGUACGCUUUUAAUGAACAUUUCUUCGGGCGAGUUCUCCCAGGAAGAAGAAGAUUCUGUUGGGCCAGAACACGUGGUUCAAGAUGUCUCAGAUGUUGUGAAUGCCGACCAGAGUGGGGAAAAAAAUCAUGAUAGGACAAAAGAGCCCGUUGCACGCGCUGUGCAUAGCUUUCAUACACACUCCGCAUUGCACAUAUUCCCCGAGCUCAUCGACACUUAUGAACGACUCGGCAAUGCAUUGAGCCCGACCUCACCUUUUCCUAUUCAUCGCCCAAGGCUGAUCAUGGCUACUUGUUUGCUACCACUACUUAUGAUAUCAUGUUUUGGUUCGUGCUAUGGCGUGAUGAAAGUAUUGGGAUUGUUUGCGGGAGCUGUAUUCUUUGGCAAGCCCAUCAUCGAACGCGGCGUUUUCAUUAUUGACUACAGGUGCCCUGAUUGGCGUCGGCAUACAGAGAUGCGGAAUUCAAUCCUUAGAGGAGUACCCACGAAUGCUCAGAUCGCCAUUACUCUCCUUCGUACCGGAGAGAACAAUAAAACUCCUCAACCUCCGCCACCCCCAUCCCAUGGACCACCUAAUGUACACCUGAACGUCGAUGAUUACGAUCUAGCCCAUCUUGGUGCUUCUGAAGAGGACACAAAGAUGGCCAUCAACCCAGUGUCAGAUAAGGAAUACUCUAAACAGACAUACGAUAGGCAGGAAGAGGGUGAACCUAGCACCACACGCCGCAUUGCUCAGCGUAUCAAGCGAACCACCAAGGAUGGAAUACAGGCAAUCAACAAGAUCGCCAAGGCCGCGGAACCAUCAAACUCGGGGCAUCUCCAAGGCGAACAAAGUGUCAAAACGUUAGAAACCAACGGUGGCCCUGUUUGUUUUUCUGCCUGUUACAAAGGCAAGAAAGGGUGCUUAUAUAUCACUACCGCAGCUACAACACCGGCUAUUAGUUGGAUGAGCGAGAAUGAGGACUUGGACACUACGUGGACUGUAGCAAUUGCGGAUAUUAGAGGGGUUAGGAAAGUGAGCGGUGUUGGUAGUUUGGGUGGUAAAAGGAGAGCUCUUGUAGACUGGGCCCUGGAGAGAGAGACAAUGGGAGGUUUGGUGCUAAAGACAGAACCAGACGGUGAGUUUUGUUUAACUGCUGUCAGCUUGAGAGACGCAGUCUUCAAUCGAAUCAUUUCUGUAGGUAGUCAGAUGUGGGAGGUUUGGUAG